AUGCUAUCUAGAUUGUGUGUAUAGAAAUUUACUACUUAAAUUCAUGGAGUUCCAAUAAAAUGUAAUGGCUUGGUUAUUAUGAUAUAGUAUUGGAAGCUAUGAAAUUUGACAUCCCUAAAGUGUCAGAGGAACGACACAAAAACAUUAGAACUCUUACUUGUUAUCUAUAGGAUCGAUUACAUGACAGUUAAUUAAUGGACUUUGUUCGAGAUGUUGAGUUAAUAAAAGAGAAAGUAUUGAUGUAUUUUAAUAAUUGUUUAGGUGUAUACUAACACUUUAUAAUUGAAAUCUAGUAUUUUCAGACUUUUUAAUUAGUGUAUUAUUAUAAUGUUAUUGUAGAUCAAGUAUUAGAUCUUGUUCCAUUGGCUUUAAGAAUCGACUUUUAAGAAUUACAACCAGAGCAUUUUUAUGAUGAUUUUGACAGAAUUGAGACAGAGAUCAAAAGCGAAUAUAAUUGUUUUGUUUAGAAUAGAGCAAGUCUAUUUUAGCCAUAGAAUAAAAGUCUAACUGAUUUCAUUCAAUAUAAACGUAAACACCAUAGAUUGAGAAUUGAAGAAGAUGAAAAAGUACCUGUUUUUACAUAAUUAAUUGAUGAUGGUUUGAUAAACACUCUAUUACCAAAAUAAGAGAUAGAGUCAUAUGAAAUAAAUAGUAAAGAGAUUGUUAAGAAUUAAUUGGUAUUGGCUAGAAAUUCUAGAUUAAUGAAUAAAUAAAUUAAACUGAAAGAUGAAAAUGAAUUAAGAACACCUUUAUAAUUAAGAUAAGUUGUAAGUGAAGAAUAAAUUAAAGAAACUCAUUAAGUAUGUUUAUAUAAUUUACCAUACAUAUUGGAUGAGAAAUUUAAAUAGGAAUGUAAAGAGUAUUUUGAGAAUAGAUUUGGUGAAAUAGACUCUAUUGAAUAUUAUGAGUAUUGUAAUUUCAAAAAACAAAUUGAUCAAAUAACAACAAAUAAUAAAUCAAAUGACAAUAAAGAUUUCUAAUAAAGUUUGGAUUAAUUGAGUUAAACUAAGAAAUUAUUAGACAGAGUAAAAGUAAAUAAAAAUAAAAAAUUAUAUAAAUCAUAUGCUGUUAUCAAUUUCAAAAAUAAGGAAUCUAAAUAAAAUGCACUUUAUUAGGAUUUAAGAAUAUUUGGGAUUAAAUUUAAGGAUUUACAAUUAAGGAUUGAUGAUGCUGACCAUAAGAAACUUAUUUAUGUCAAUAAUUUAUCAAAAUAUUCUAAUGUGAAAUAUUUUGUUGAAUUUCUAAAUUUGCAUUUGGGUAUUCAAUUUGAGCCACUAGAUGAAAGAACAUAAUUAUAGAAUAAUAUAAUAUGUUUAAUAUUAAAAGACUUUUAAGAAACUCAAUUAGCUUUUAAUAAAUUGAACAAUUUAACAUUUUCAGUAAAGCUAUUUUAAAUAUUUCUAGAGAUUUAAAAUGAAUGUAUUUCAUUAUCCUGAUGGUUUGAAGUAUAUGGGUUGUAAAAUAGCAGAACAUUUUAAUAGUAAUAUUGCUCUUUUGAUUUUGGAAUAGAAUUUAUCAAAAUUGCGAUUUGAAAUGGAUUAAAAUUGGAAGGAAGUUCAAUUCGAAAUAGAAUCGAGGGAGAUAGUUACUAAAGAGCCUUAAUAUCCUAUUAGAUAAGAGAUCCAUUCAACCGAUAUGCAAUAAUGCAUAAUUGAGAUGAUUGAGGAUUCUUAUCAAGAAGAGGAUUUUUAAUUAGAGCUCUUUGGUUUAGUUUGGGAUGAAGAAGCUCAAUACUGAUU